UCUAGGACGGGCUUAAGACGCAUGAUCAAUUUUCUGUCUGUCCCUAUCUUUUGUAAAGAUUUCCCACGGUCAGCGCGAACGACUAUCGAUUUUAAAUAAAUAGGACAAAAGUCCUAUGGCCCUAAAAAUGUGGACUUAGUGUUGAGUUUGUAACUUGGUGUGUAAAACUAAAAUGUUCUGUAAAGCAGUGUUGUGUUUGUCGACCUUACACUUUUAUAGUGUAGCAGCACAGGGUGAGUGUACGGAUUUGCGGGGCAGGCUCAUAUCAAACGGGCUUCAUUAUGUACCCGGCCCGGAUACCUGCACCUUGUGCGUGUGUGACGGUGGUCUGCCGAAAGUAUGCAAGGCGGUACUGUGCUCUCCUCCUCAGGACUGUCGGUCAUUCCGCGUGGGAACCACAUGCUGCGAGUUCAUUUGUCUGGAUGAUGUGGUAAAGCCCGCUGAAGCCACUGAGGCUAACGUGCGAGUCGCGGCUGGAGGCGCGGCGGCCGUCGUCCUAUUGACCGUGGGUCUUGUCGUGUAUAGAGUGAGGAAACAAAAGAGGCGUAGACCACGACACACAGAGGACCAGCGAAGCUUGACCAGCAUUGGGUACAUCAGCGGCAGCAUGGGGUACAUGGGCGGCGGCUGCGAGGCGACGGCGCUGGGCGCGUGGAAGCCCCCCUCCAACUACCUGCCGAGGGGUGAAGCACCCCCUCCAUACGAGGAGGUCAUGGCGCAGUGCCGCCAGGAGCCGGUCAGAGUCAGCAACGAGACGUCGUUUCACCGAACUUACGCCGCGGCUGUGGAGGCUCGCGAUGACGUAUGCGCCUCGCACGCUUACGUUAACCUUCCGAGGCCGAUCGCUCAGAUAGCAAACACUCAGAACUGCUACAACGCGCCACUUUUGCAGCAAGUGCAUCCGACUGAAGUCCGUGAGGCGACCCUCGUUCCUCACCCCUUGGCCCAAAACAUGGGGGGUGCGGCGGGGGCGGUAAUGGGCGGCGCACGACUUACGGGCUCGCUGGGUGCCAUCAGCGCACGGCUGAGCGUGCCGCGAGACGACCACGAGCGGCCGCACAACGUGCCGGGCUUCUACACAACGCACACUGCGCUUCAUAGAACGAUCCCGCGCAUCUCCACUGCGGUGGACACAUCGACGUUGGAGGCCAUGGGUCUUGGCUUCACGCGUGCGGACCGCUCGCUGCAGGGCGAGGUGCGGCGAUCCUUCCACCGGCCGGUCGACCGCGCGGACCGCAUCGACCGCAUCGACCGCGCCAACACCGGCCGCAGCGUACCACGCAACUUGAACAUCGCGUCAACCGCCGCAACCGCCGCGUCCACGCCGGAACCGCACCGACUGGAGACUGAUGAUGCAAUAUCGUUACGUUCGAUGACGGGACGUGCGCGUGCGCAUAGCGAGGAGCAGGACGCGAAGCCCAAACCGCAGCCCGAGGCGCCUGCGCACGCCAACCAUCCCACCCUGCCGCUCACCGUAGACAAGCCAUCGUGCGUGUGCAGUUAUGAGGGAAGCGCGCGUGCUGAGGACGCGGACGACUAUCGCAACGAGUGCGAGAACUGCCACUCCACCAACAACCCAUCAGGAUGGGAGGAGUCUGCGGACGGCGCGGAGGGUUCGGGCUGGGGCGGCACGCAGACCCUACAAAGACGUGCUCCCCCGCCGCCCGCGCCGCCCCCCGCCACUGCCACCCUUCCGCAGCCGGUCACUAGACACGGACGUAACACAAUGGACAAUCCAUCGAACUGGGAGAAUUGGUUCAACACAAUCCCGGACUCCGACACCGAAUCCGAGGAGGAAUGAGACGCGACCACAUUGCUGUAAAUCUUUAACUAGUGCAUCCACACAUGUGCGUUUUCAUCUUGUUUUUGCGUCUUCGUAAUCGUGUAUCAUGUUCUAAGGCUGUUCACACACUGUCAAUAUUAUUGUCUUUACCUAUAUUGAAAUUGUGCAAAAUAUUGUCAAAAAUAUUGAUGUGUAUGCGGGCAGCCUAAAGGGAUUUUAACAACAUAUAAUAAGACAUUGUAAGUAAUUUGCAAAAGCGAUCCUGAGUAAUGAAUUUCCUCCAUACAAGCAUUGAGGAAAGUAAUAAAACCAUUUAAAAUAUAUAUUUACAUAUAUAUUCAUAUCAUGCUACUACAUAUUUUCAAUAUAUGUGUCAAUAAAUAUUUAAACAAUUACCAGUAAACCCAACCGGCAAACCUCGUUUUAACGCAGACCGUAAAAGCAGCGCCGUCGUCUUGCUCGAAUUAUAGCUAAGUUAUUAAUAAUACAAAAAAGAACCAUACAAAACGGUCAAGCCAUUUUAGUGAAGAAUAAAUACAAACGCACAUACUUUAACUGUUCAAUAACAAGCACACAAGCAAUAUUAUUGGCAAUAUGCAUAAUUUUGUCAAUAAUAUUUACGUGUUUGCUGACAGCCAAAGAGAAGGAGGCGUUGGCGUUUUGCUUUGGAAAGUGUUUUAUGAUAUCGGUCAUGGUUUUUAUUACUAAGAAGUUAUGUUUAAUGCAACUUUUUGCGAUCCGGGACUACACGAUACAAAACACGCGUGCAGAUCUUGAUUUAAAAUUAGAAGACACAAGAUCAUAAUAAAAGCGCACAAGUGUGGAAACGCUUAAUGUAACCUAUAGUUAUUUUAUUCUUACCUGUCU